UUUCACUGCUGGCAAGUGGCUGCUGUAAUGACAUGUUGGUGACUGAUUUCUGUAAUUGCAGGAACUCCCGAAGAGUGGCAGAGGUGUGGCUGGAUGAAUUCAUUCAUUUUUUCUAUGAGACAAGACCCAGCGCCCUCCAGAUACCAUACGGAGACAUUGGAGAUAGAAAGGAGCUGCGGUCAAGGCUGAAGUGUCGUGGGUUUGGCUGGUACCAGAAGACCAUCUACCCAGAACUGGCCACACCUUCCAGACAUGAGCUGGCCUAUGGUCAGCUUCGCCAGCGUAACCUGUGCCUCCAGGGACCAGAUUCACCUCCUCCAGACCAGGUGAGUGGGUGGCGCAAACACCCUUUUCUUCGUAGCCAAGUGGCAAAGGUUUCAGACAAGAUCAUUAGCAUAUUGACAGUGCAAAGAUCUCCCAAAAGGUAGUUUUCUUGCCGUACAGCCCUGUUUCAUCCCAUGUCAGACACAAUUAGACAUGGACCACAUAUUGACACUCUGUAGAUGACUCUAUACUCAGCAGUGAAUCACAUAAGCAAAGAACAUUUACUGUA